AUGGCAGCAUCGAAACGACUUCAUUCAUCAUUAUUGAAUCGUGAAAAACAUAUUUCUACAUCUACAAAUACCUUCAUUGAAUCUCUCUUAAUACCUAGUACUAGUAUUUCUCAAACGACAGAAAAUCAUUUAGAUAUUUUAAAAGAUAAAGAAAAUUCUCAAGAUAAUCAACUAGUCGAUUUACAACAAUUGACAUUUCAAUUAAAACAACAACAAGAUGAAAAAUCGAAACUAUCUCAUGAAACAACAACGAACAAAUAUAAAAAUGCAAAUAUAACAAAGACAGUUGUCGAUGAAACACAGAAUAAUAAUGAAGAUGAUUGGGUAUUAACAACUACAAAGAAAUAUAUAUAUGUAAUUUCUCAUCUAUAUAUUCAGAUAUGUCCAGUGGCUGUAGCAUUAAGACAAGCCGGUUAUAAUGUACCACUUAGACCUUCAAAAUCAUGGCUUGAACGAGGUUCGUAA